CCAACGCUUCGUCGUUGAGGUUUGUUUUUACAUUGCCGGAUCCUUCCACCUCUCGGAGCACGUGGCGUUUCAUAAUCGGAGGGUUUUUAGUAAUUUACCUGUUCUAUAUUAAUAUACAUAGUUUCUGUGAUCAUGGGUAAACCAGGUUUUGGAGGAGAAAGAGGUGGUGGUAGAAGCAGUUUUGGUGGACGAGGAGGUGGUGGCGGUAGAGGAGGGGGCGCCAGAGGCGGUGGUGGCCGCUUUAGUGGUGGUGGUGGCGGCAGAGGCGGUGGAGGACGCUUUAGUGGCGGUGGAGAAGGAGGUCGAGGCCGUUUUAGUGGAGGUGGCAGCGGAGGUCGAGGAGGUGGCUUUAAAGGAGGUAGACCCAAUGGUGGACGUGGCGGGCGUGGAGGCCGCGGAGGUGGACGAGGAGGUAUGAAGGGUGGUUCAAAUGUAAUCAUUGAACCUCACAGGCAUGAUGGUGUUUUCAUUGCAAGAGGAAAAGAAGAUGCUCUAGUGACUAAAAAUAUGGCUCCUGGAGAUGCCGUUUAUGGUGAAAAGAGGAUAUCUGUUGAGACUGAUGGAGAAAAAAUUGAAUAUAGAGUUUGGAAUCCAUUUAGAUCAAAAUUAGCAGCUGCAAUUCUUGGCGGAAUUGAUCAAAUUCAUAUGGGUCCUGGUUGUAAAGUGCUUUACCUUGGGGCGGCUUCUGGUACAACAGUUUCCCACGUAUCAGACAUUGUUGGGCCUGAAGGUCUUGUAUAUGCCGUCGAGUUUUCACACAGAUCCGGAAGAGAUCUGUUAAACGUUGCUAAAAAAAGGACCAACAUUAUUCCAAUCAUUGAAGAUGCCAGGCAUCCACAAAAGUAUCGAAUGUUGGUCAGUAUGGUCGACUGUAUAUUUGCUGAUGUCGCUCAACCCGAUCAGGCUAGGAUAGUCGCAUUAAAUGCCCACAACUUUCUGAAAAAUGGAGGCCAUUUUGUUAUUUCAAUUAAGGCAAACUGUAUAGACUCGACAGCUCAACCUGAAGCUGUGUUUGCUGGGGAAGUUAAGAAAUUACAAUCAGAAAAAUUAAAACCCCAAGAACAACUCACUCUUGAACCAUAUGAGAGGGAUCAUGCUGUAGUCGUCGGUGUUUACAGGCCACCUGCUAAGAAAGCUUAAGACUAUUUUGUAAUUUUUUUAGAUUAUAUUAAAGAACGAUUUAAUAGCUUAAUUUUUACAAAUUUCUUGCAAAUAUAUAUAUAUAAAACAUUGCACAAUGGAUAUUGAAAUCAAACACUGUAUAAUUUGAAAUGUUCACAAAGUAAUAUGUUGGUUAAAAAUAACUUUUAAUAAAACUUAAAAAUAA